AUGUCACACGGCAAAGUUAAAGAAUUAGUUGAUAACCAACUUGAAUCAGAGUUAUCCAGUGCCGGUAAAAAGUUAGUUGUUGUUGAUUAUACUGCUGUUUGGUGUCCUCCAUGUAAAGCUAUUGCACCAAUUUUCGCCCAACUUUCAAAUGAAUAUCCAGAUGUUGUCUUUUUAAAGGUUGAUGUUGAUCAAUGUAGAUCGACAGCUCAAAGUCAAGGUAUAAGAGCAAUGCCAACUUUCCAAUUUUUUAUCGAAAAACAAAAGGUUCAUGAGUUUAGUGGAGCUGAUAAAUCACAAUUAAAGAAUUCAAUCGAUAGAUUUAAACCACAAAUUUCAUUUGCAUCACAAGGUCAAGCAUUAGGUGGUGGUGGUGGCGGUGGUAGUGGUGGUGGUUUCCAAACCUAUUUAGAUAGCUUACAAAAAAAACAAGAGGAACAACAAAGACAAUAUCAACAACAAGUUGGUACCACAACACCAUCAUCAAAUCCAUUAAACAGUCUUAUGGGUGGCAGUGAUGCACCAAAAACUAAACCAGCACCAAAAAACACCGUCCCAGAUCCAGUUAUGUUAAGAGAUUUAAUCGAUAUGGGUUUCCCAGAAUUUAGAGCAAAGAAAGCUUUAGUACUUACAAAUAACUCAAGCUCACAAACUGCCAUGGAUUGGAUUUUUGAAAAUAUGGAUUCAGAGACUAUUGAUGAUCCAAUCGAGGGAAUAGAUUUAUCAACUCCAACACCAGCUGCACCAGCCGCUACAACACCAUCACAACCAACCACUGAACAAUCAUCAACAUCAUCAACAACUACAACAACUACAACUGAACAACCAACCACAAUUCACAGUGCAUUAUGUGAUGUUUGUCAAGAACAAAUUAUUGGAUAUAGAUAUAAAUGUGAUGUUUGUCCAAAUUAUGAUCUUUGUCAAAAAUGUAAAGAUACAACAAAACAUAACCCAGAACAUCAAUUUACUCAACAUGAAAAAGAUAUCGAAAACUAUCAAAUGACACCAGAAGAAAGAGCUGAACAAAAGAGAAAAUUAGAAGCUAGAAUUUUAGAAAUUAGAGCCAAGAAGGCCGAGGAUGAAGCUAAAAGAGAAAUUGAAAGAGAAAUUAGUCGUCGUCAAGGUGGUAAAAUGUCACAACAAGCUCUCACAAAGUGGCAAGAAGAUCAAUUGAAGAGAGAGGCUGAAAAAGAUAGAAAAGAAAAAGAAGCCGAUCGUAUUGCUAAAGCUAAAAUCAAAGCCAAAGUCGAAGCUGACCGUCUUGAAAGAAUUGCAAAGAAAAAUGCCGCAGCUGGUAAUGGUGCUGAAGCUCCAAAACCAACCCCAGCUCCUGUUGCACCAGUUGUACAUACUCCCGCCAAAACCUAUACAGACUCAUUGAUCCAAAUUCGUCUCUCAGAUGGCAGCACUAUUAAAGGAACCUUCCCAAUUACUGCUAAAUUAAUCGAUGUUCAUACUUUUAUUUCAAAAAAUACUAGCCAACAUGGUAAAUUCACACUUUCAACAACCUAUCCAAGAAAAAUUUAUACUCAAGCUGAACUUUCUACUACAAGUGUUGAAGAAGCAGGUUUGGUACCAAAUGGUACUUUAGUUUGUACUAAGCAAUAA